CCAUUAAAGGAUUUUGGGUUGGAUAGGAAAAACGAUGAUGGGAGAAGAAUCUACAUAUGACCGAGUGCUAAUACAGUUGGAAGGAACAGAAAAGACUGUGAAGAAGCUAAGGAAACACUUACGAACAUAUUUGCUGGAAACGACCUCAAUAAGUGAUAUGGAGCCACUAGAGCGUGCAAAAGCAAACCUAAACCUAGCAUACUUGUCUGCGGCACUUUUUUACAUGCUUCUCCGAACUCACGGCCUGGACACGUCAGAACAUCCUGUCAUGCAAGAGCUCCAGAGAAUUAAGGAGCGUUUUGAACUGCUUAGUAGACUGGCGGGUCAAGAAGACCGUCGUUCACUAGUUGUAGAUAAUGAAGCGACUGGUCGGAUCUUGGCGGCAACGUUGACAGAGCUGCCGGAGAAAGAAAAGAGGAAGUUACGAAGAACCGUGAAAAGAAAGAGAUAAGAACAGUGAUGGUUGCUUUUGUGAUAAAACUGUGGUGUUAGAA